AUGAUGACCUCUGUCGAUUUGCCUGAAGAUGCGAUCGAGAACUUUAUAUCUUUCACCAAUGCGUCCCGCGAGAAGGCAGUAGCUUUCCUCGAGGCAAAUAACCGCGAUUCCAAUAGAGCUAUCAAUGCCUACUUCGAAAACCCUGAUAGUAUUCAGCCUGAACCAACGGUAGCUUGGCCUAUGCCACCUUCCAGCCAACAGGAGGGAUAUGGGUAUCAGAAUCAAAAUAUCCAUUCAUUUAGAAUCGACUCCGAUCCGGUUCAUCCCGUUGGAUAUGGAACGGCUCCUUCACGACCCCCAUCCAGAAUAGGCUCUCGCGAACGCACUGAUGAAGCCAAGGUAGGCCAACCGAUCGAAGGCCUGCCGAAUAAACCUGCUGCGGGGACGGGUCCAAGUCAGCAUAUGUCUCUUGCGGAGCAGGAGGAGCACGAACUCCAAAGGGCGGUGGCUCUGUCGCUGAAUGCAGAACUCGGUGGUAAUGGUGAUAUUUCCAUCGAUGGCGGCGGUCAGGAGACCGGUGUUAUCAACACUAAUCAAACCAAGCUAGCGCCGGCAACCCAGAAUCAUUAUGAAGAAACUGCUUGGGCUUUGACACUUCUAGAGCCCGCUGCUCGAGAAGUGUGUAUGCAUCCAGAUCCGGAGGAGCGGAUGAGGGUCAGUAAUGAACCUGUGUUCCUUCGCCCUUCAGACGAGGCAGAUUACCUAGCGGGCUUCCUUACGAUUCUCCAUUCAAUUCCGCUAGCGAGGGAAGCUCUGCUGCUUCGGGAUAAGGUCAUCGAUGACUAUGGUAGUGACCCGCAGUGGUGGAAUGGACAACCUAUUAAUCUUCCUAGCUUGGUGACUCUCGCCGACGAUGGUUAUAUGGAUGAAAGUGGGCACGAUGACGUUUUACUCGAAGUGCAGAGACUCAUGACGUUUUUGGAUUCUACACAUCGCGCAUUUGGAAGCAUCGAUGCCCUUGCCAAUCUUAAAUCUAUCCAGAGCUGGAAUACUGAAUACAAUGUUGGUCAAUUUUUGGAGUCGUGGCAACGGGCUGCCGUCGCAGCAACGCCGAAUAACCAGCUAGCUACAAUUUUUUCAUCAUUGGCCUAUAAACGGCCGCUUUCUGUGGAUGAAGAACCGAUUGAUAAAGAAUUCUUGGCGUUGGAACUUCCCGUUCAUUCAGACCUCGUGGAAACGCUGUACGAUGCUAUCGAUAUUUCAAUGUGGCAAGAUUCGGCAGACUCAGAACUUGAUGAUAUAUGGCUAGAUCGUAUUGGGGAAGUGUUUACUCUGCAGUUGAACUCUACGGACACGCAGAAAUCCGUCGAUGUUAAGAUCCCUGCUGUGUGGUACCCGGACAGAUAUAUGGAAGCGUGUAGGGACAUCUCGCGCGAGAUUCGCAAGCGCAGAAUUGAGACCAGUGUGGAGAUCGAUAAACUGCAGCAUCUGAUGCGACUAUUCUCGGCAUCAACGAUUGACCAUUCAACAUCCCAGACCAGAAAUACUUUUGAUUUAGCCGUGAGUGCACUGCAAGUCGCGUCGCGGAACAACCUCGUAAAUGGGUCUGUUGGGGAUCCAGAGAUGCAGGAACAAACCGUCGUGUCCCAUGAGGCUGCUAUGAAUCUCACUAAAGAACUGAAGGCUCUCACGGAAAAGAUUGAUCAGAAACUACGAUCGUUAGAGGAGAGGAGAGUGCAGGCCCUCGAGGAAUUAAGGCGGUAUUCGAAAGAGCUUACCACCGCGUCUAACGACCCAGCAAAACCACCACAUAACAAAUACACAUUGCGGGGCGUUUGUACCCAUCCUCAUGUUACGUACGUAUUAAGACGGCGUGAGAUGAGCAUUGAAGGAACCGACGAGCGCAGUUCUACGAACUCAGCGCCCGAUGAGUGGCAGUGGUGGCGAAUCAGUUUUUCCGUUGAUGAUGCCACAGCUCGGCACGCAGAAUCUACGCAGACUCCUGUGGUGCCUUCGUUGCAUCAAUGUUCGGCUAUCCCCCAGGAACUAAGGAAACCAAGGGUUCCUUUGCCUUCCAAUAUGGAUGUGGCCGGGUAUACGGUGCGGCCUGUCCGAGAAAUAGAGGUGCUUCGCGCUGCGAAAGAAGAGGCUCGUUCUGUGUUGCUUGUAUACGCGAACGAAAAUGCGGUCAACUUUAAGGAGGGGCCUCUUCCGCCACAACUACAAGCAUUUGUCGACGCGGACAAUAAAGUCUUCGAAAGCGAACGAGAGGAAUUUGCUCAAAAGCUCCAACAACAAGCUGAAGAAGAACUCGCAAAAGGUAGCGACAAUUCGUGGCCUGACCUCGAACCCCUGGGCGGAGAGUUUGAUGAGACCUCAAGUGCCCAAAAACAAACAUCUGGGAAAGCUUCAGGCCUGGAACACGCACCCGCACCUUCUUCAUCAUCGGUGUCAGGAGAAGAGCCUACUGGAACCAGACAAGCAGGUCGCAAUGCGGCUGGAAACAGCAAUCACAAGAAGCACUAUUCGUGGGAUGACCGGAUCCCCGCUAGCCUCCUCCCGGAAAGUUCUGCGUUCGACAGCAAUACGAUAAAUGUGUUCGACUAUCAAGUCUCAUCAUUCCCUGACACGCCACCCAGUGAGCCGGAGGACAAGGAGCCGGAGAUGCAAGAAAGAGGAGUUGGUGGUGGGGGAAUGGCGAUUCUAAGGCAGGCUGGUAGUAGUGGAAGUGGUUCGGUGAAGCGCUCAGUCCAGCCUGCUGUUUCUAUGGGGCGGAUCCAGGAGGAGAUUGAUGAUGAUGGUGAAGAUGACAGUAGCGGCAAUAGCCGCGGCCCCGGAGAUAUGCGGGUGGAUUACGAUAACCCGGCUAGCCGUACGGCGGGGGGACAUUCUAACGAGGCCUACUUCCAGUACCAUGGCACCGAAGUCCCGUGGAUUAACCAGCUGCUGCGCAAGUGCAUGCUGAAUCGUGGUCAUGAUGAAACGUUGUUCGGACAUCCUAUCCUCAAACUUCCAGGUGUAGAGGGCAGAGACUUGGUGGUACAGUCACUUCAAUUAAGCAUCCGCGAAUGUUCAGAACCGGAGGAUGAGCAGAUGUGCAAUUUGAUCGAAGAUCUUAUUAGAGAGCAAAACUUGCUAGAAAAUGAGCAAGAACAAUCAUCAUCAGUCGAUAAAGCUCAACUCUCAAUACUCCGAGUUCCAGUGUCGCAAAAACUGGUCAACGAUUUUGUUGAUACUCUCAAGCUCCCCGGCAAAGAGCAGGAUAAGGCCACGCCCCAAUCUGAAGGAAACCAAAUUGUGCCGUUAAACCCUCGCAAAAGGUCAAGAGGGAAACCCAAUACAAAGGGUUCUGGAAGCAGAGACCCUGAGGAAACGGUUAUGGACUGGGUGGACCGUGCAGGCCAUAAAAUGCCAGGAACAAAAUUAACAGCAAUCAGCUCCUGCCUGGCGGAUUGGUUCAGGAGAUUCAGCCGAACAAAAGUGGUGAUAUUCACCCAAUUUCUGGGAAUGGCUUCUAUUCUGAGUUCAAUGUGUCAGAAAAAUGGCUGGGGACAAUCUGUUGUACAAAAUAGCAUCGAUGACCGAAUUCAGCUCAUACAAAACGAAAAAACGGAUGGAAUUGAACAGGUGAUUGGUUCUGAGGUCCUUACGUCACGGGAUACACUCGCGAACCUUUGUACUGUUCUUGGAAUUGAACAGGAUGACAGUAUGGAAAGAGGGUAUAGAUUUAUUUCGGACAAGGAAGCCGAACGGAGGCAUGAAGCAGCGCCAGUUACUGUGUUUGAUGGCGAGACUGGCAAGGCACCCGGACAAGCUGAGGCUGAUACCUGUGCCAGCGCGGCUAGCAACAUUAAUGGCCUCGCAGAUUCCCGUAGCAAUCCCCCCGGUGUUGGGAACGUUAAGGAUACGGAGAGUACUGAGAGCUCUGCAGAUAAGGUUGGGGAUGUUGGAACCAUUAAUGAUGGCGAAACCUGUGAGAUUGCUAGCAUUGGGGGUGGUACCCUUGCUAAAGGCACCAAAAGUGUUAUUGCAAAUGGCACUGGUGAGCCUGUCGGGCCUAGCCAAGCUACCCCCCGUGAGGUGGGUUCUGAUGUGUCCAGGGACCUCUAA